AUGCGUUCUCUUGUUUGGUUACUCGCUGUUGCUUCUGCUACAGUAACAAUUUCAAGUGCGGCUGUCGCAAAUGAUCCAGACGUACCCGUCGUAAUUCACCUUCCGCCACAAACGCACCGUCCAAGAUUCUUAGGACAGGUCGCGCCGCCACGUGCUGUUGAAACCCCAGCUGCCAAGGGUGUUCAAGCUCCAACCAAAUCCCAGGAAGCUGCGAUCGCUGUUCCACAGGCUCAGCAGCCCAUUGCCUCACCACCAGCUCCACCAUCAGUACAGCAGCCAGUUCUCCCAAUCACUAAUGGAGAUCAAGCGUUUGUCGCCAGAUCUGCUUCUAGCGUUGCACCACCACCACCAGUUACCAUCCCACCAGAUGUCCAGAAUCAGCUCAUUAAGUUCUUCGGACUUGACUCGUUCGGAAUCCCAGGACUAACCGGAACUCAUCCAAAUGGAUUCGCAGGAGCUGUCCAGGAAUUGAGAGCCGCCGGAAUUCCAGUUCAGGGACUCCCACCAGCGCAAGCUCAAGGUGUCGCCACUAAGACAGCCGAUGAGAAUGUGCUUGCUCAGGCCAAUCCAAACUUCCAAGACCAGAUCACCCAACUUCAAAACGUUGCCAACAACCCGGGACCAUACAAGGGAGGAGCUUCGCUUCCACUUCCGGCUGAGAAGCCAGGAGAGAACGGACUAAUCGGAUUGCUCUCGAACUCUAUCCGAAAGGUCAUCAAAGAGACCGGAGUAAGCGAUGCCCUUUCCAACUCAAUUCCAAACCUUUUGGGAACUGCCUCAGGAUCUGGAUCCGACUCUUCCGCCGCUGCAGCUUCGUCAUCUUCCUCCAACAUUCGUAGAGCACCAGUCUCGAGCGCAGCUGCUGAAUCCAACGACGAAGCCGCCGCUCAGAUCGCGACGUCUUCCUCAUCAAACAUUCGAAGACAACCAUCCGCUGCUCAACGCGCUCUUUCUGGUUUCGCCGCUGCUCUCGGAGGAGGUGGCAGCAACUCGCCAACGCACGCCGGUCUCCCAAGAAUCCCUGGAAUCCCAUUGUUGCCAGGAGGAAUUCCAAGAAACUCGCAAGGACAAAUCGAUAUUGUGAACCUCAUCGGCUCGAUUACUAAGCGCGUCUCCAAUGGAACAACAUUGUCCGACGUUCUUCCACCAGAGCAACUCCAGAAUCUUGCUGACAAUGUCACCGACGCCCUUCUCCCAGAAACGCCAAAUGUUGAUCUCUCCAAAUUCAUGGGAAGAUGGUUUGAAGGAAUCAAUUCGCCAAGAGCCACCGAGCAGAGAUGUGUUGUACACCACUACGGAGGAUUGACCAGAAACGACAAGACCGCCACAUUCACAUCUCUCAAGAUCUACAGAGAAGGAUCGGAGUUCGGACCAGUUAAGUACUCCAUCGGAUAUGCUUUCCGUGGCGGAAACAAGGAUGCCAUGCUUCAACUUCACUCAUCGGAAACCAGCGAUGCUCAGCCAUUCUGGAUCUACAAACUCGGCCCAGAAGGCAAAGACCCAUUCGGUAACCCACAAUACGAAUACGCUAUCAUUUCGAAUUGGGUCAAGUAUCCAGUGACAGUGCUUGUUCGUGACCCAGAUACCUUCAAGGCCAAGCAUCAAAAAGAGGUUCUCAGAUGGCUUGAGGAUCAAGGUUUCAUCAAUGGAUUCAUCCGCGCGUUCAACCUUCUACAGCCAGCUGGAUAUUCAAGUUGCCAAUAUGCCGACAGCACAUUCGAGAUCCUUCACCCAUCAAUGCAGUGGCUUCGAAAUAUUGCUCUAGCUUUGGCUAUCCUCGGUUCGACGGUGAACGCGAUCGGCGAGAAUGCGAUGGAUUUUCGUGCCAUCACCGGCAUCAUCGGAGGUAUCGGAAAGAUGUUGGAGAGCAAGAUGGAGACCAUCAACGUUCCAGCCGACUUGAUGAUGGGAAAAUGGUUUCAAAUGUACAAAGCUGCGAUGAAUUUUGAUGUUGUGCGCACCCAAAUGUUCUGCCCAGUCGCCUAUUUUUCGCCAAAUCCUAUCAUGGGAGAGGAGGGAUUCUCGAUGCAAGAGGCUUAUAGAGUGGUCUCGAAGACUGGACCAAUUGAGACUUACAAGAGAGACAUGAAUAAAGUUGGACCAGGACAAUAUUGGAUGUAUACCGAGGAAUACUUCUAUCCAAGACAAUUCUAUAUCAUUGGAGCCGGACCAUCCUUUGACAACUCAACCUCGAACGCCACCGAACCCCUUCAAUAUCUCAUUGUCUCCGAUGCAAACCGUCUUUCCCUAAUGGUCUACGCUAGAGAUCCACUCGUCUUCUUCCAGAAGUACAACAAGGAGGUCACCGAUUUCAUGAAUGAUCACGGAUUCGGAGGCAACGUGUUCUGGAACAGCCCGAAGCCAAUCUAUCAGGGACCUGACUGCGAAUGGCCAUCGGAGAAGGAAGUCUUCGCUAGAAGAGUGUUGAGAAACCAGGAGCUUGCUGAGCGCAGCAAAAACGGUACCGCUGAACCAGUUCUGUCCGGAAUGCCGCUCGCCGACAUGAUCCGCGAUCCAAAACGCACUCUGGAACGACUUGUUGGUAGUCAUACUCUUCAAAAAGCCGCCGCUGGAAUGACCGUCGGCCCACCAGCCAGUCAUGCCUAA